UUUUUUUUUCUUUUGCCCCGCAGUGUGAGACCGGGGCAAUAACAGGAGCUGAAAGAUAUGGCGUUUACGCGGUGGAUGACUACCCUCCCUCCCAGAGAGUAGGCUGCCACCCAACCACCCACCCAUAAAGAUUGACCGAUGACUGCGAACGCCGUGGUCCUCUGUGGAAGAGGCUAGAGUCGCAGGCCCGAGAUGGUGUGCACUCCUGACACGCAUGGAGGCCUGCAUCCCGCUGCUCUCGCUCAGCUGGGGAUAUAAAGCAGUGGCGUGCCUCUCAUUUCUUCUUACGGCCAUUAUCCGUCUCUUUUGUCCACUCGGCUUCCCCCGUCUCAGCUCGACCUGUCAUUUGUCGGGUUCCCUGGGCGUCGCUUUGUGGGAGGGAACUUUUGGCCUAUCACUUUUCUUCCUCGUAUCCCCCCUCCCUCCGAGCCACGGGCUUUUUGAGCCGGCCAGCCCGGCGCACAUCGGCUUCAUUUCAGCUGGAUGAGCCGUGUCCCUUUGUGUGCUCUUCAAUACCGCCUUUGCAUCCUUGAUCUUGUGCAUCCUUGCCAACGAACCCUGGUGUUCCCGUACUAUCUUUGGGACCGCACAAAAUCCCUGACCCCUGGGUUAGCCACUAUACCCACAGGGAGCAACAAGGCUGCCGUGUUAGGAUACCUGCCUAUAUAACAAGAUGCCGUCCCCCUUCGGCAUCAUGUCCAACACCCGCUCGUCCACCAACAGCGCCCACAAGAACGCAAGCCAGAAGACGACAGCAACCAUGCCGGUCUUGACCAGACCACCCUUCGACAACAACCAGCGCCUGCUCUCCUGGCCGCCCACUCAGCUGCGCCUCCGCCCGACCAUGGUGGGCCCCGACGACGACGACAGCGACGUCCCCAUCCUUGAGCGAGAGCAGGACUUUGGCCUCUACAUGGACGAGGAGCCCCUGACGUACUUUUUGACGCCGGCGCCCGACGACGGCGACGGCGACGGCGACCUGGCCAUGAUGGACUUUGACGCCGGCAUCGGGUCCUCGCCCGACGCCGCGGACGAGGUCCGCUCCGUCAGCCCGUCGUCGCUCGACGGCGGCAGCAUCCGGCGCGGCGGCGACAAGUUCCUCCCCCGCGGCGGGCCCUUCCGCCCGCCGACCCCACCGCGCUCGCCGCCCGGCACGCCGCUCAUUGCCGACUCCACCACGGAUGAGUCGGACGACUGCGACGACGAUGAUGACCACGAGGACUACAUCCGCCUCGGCCCCAACCACGGCCUGCCCGCCCCGCCCUUUACGCUGCGCGACUUUGCCGCGCUCAAGAUGCGCAAGAGCUCCCGCCACGCCGCCGCCGCCACAAACAACAACAGAAACAACAACAACAACAACAAGCCAUCCUCCCCGGCCUCGUCGCUGCGCCCGAUCCCGUCGCCGCCCGCGUCCCCGCUGUCCUCGUCACCCCGCGGCCGCGCCCCGGGCCGGUUCGGGCCAGGACGCGCGGGUGGCACCGUGGCGGCCGCGGCGCCGCACAGGCGGCUCUCGCCGCGGUCGUGGCGGCAGCCCAGCCCGGACGUGUGGAGCAUCGAUGAGGAGCCCGAGCGGGAGGCGUGCGAGCAACAGGCCGCCAUCGCUGCCGCAGCCGCCGCGGCCGACAAGAAGGGCGGCGGGCCCGGCGCCGUGGACAGGCCUGCAAAGGCUAAGAAGAGGGUCCGCUUCGUCCUGCCUGUCAAGGAGGAGUGAGGCUCCUGUUCGCUUCUUUUACCCUUUACGUUUUCUCCAUCACUUCUUCGUUUCCUACUUGUCAUUUGGCGGUUUUGUAUAGUCUACCAUUUCUUUUUCCUCUUCUCCUUUCUUUCCAUGGGCUGGCCUAUUGCGCAUCGCAUAUAACCUCGGGACGGCACGGCUGCAUUGGAUGGCGUUUUUGGAGCUUUUUCGCUUGCCUCUCUUUACCUCUCCUUGUCCUUGCAUCCGGACGGUCCACAUCAUUUUCCUUGGCAGUAUCUUCGCAUUAUCAUAGGGGUGGAAUAUCUUCUUUUUUUGCGGAGAGCAUAUGGGUAACCGGGUCAUAUCGUCUCAUAUUUCUUCGCGCAUAAUACCUGGACAGGCAUUCUGUUUUCGGAGGAGACUACAGAGUAUGGCACAAACAGGCUCUUCGUUGUUGGAUCUCCUGGCAUACCCCCUGAUACCUCCCACCACACUCAAUACCAAACCAGAUUGAAACUACCGUUCCGCUGUUUACUGUCAUGUGGCCACCCUGAGAUAAAGUAAUGUCGUGAU